UCAUUUCAGUAGACCAGUUAUCGCAUGCACGUUCAUGGACUCUACAGAAAAUGAGUAGUAGGACCCCGAAGUGUAACUUUACAACAUUACCAAUGUUUUUGAAAUUCAGUCGUCUCUGAUCAACUUUGAAAACAUUCCGUUUUAUCCUCUCGUUAUAUUUGGGGGAGCUAUACCUUAAGUAAUACGUGAGUUGGACAUAUAAAUAGUGUAUACCGUCGUUUAUGGAGGAAUAUAAUUAAACAAGUGGCCCACAUCAAAAUGCAUAAAAUUGCUGGAUUUUUCAUACUAGUUUUCGGCUGUAGCCAAGCAUUAAUUGUUCCGCAGGAACUACCUUCUAUUUUAUCUCUUGUCUAUUCAAAUAUACCACCGAUAAAGAAAGGAACCGACUCCCGUUUAGGGUUUGGUUUUCGUCUCGGCGAACAUGCUGACUUCCAAGUAAUGCUUGAACUGGGCCCCCAAACUGAGACGAGGAAAAUCGGAGGAGUAAGUGCAAAUAAACGCCAAGUCGAUCGAAACCAUCUCGGCAAGAUCAACACCAAUGAAACGACAAAUCGUGAAGCCGCCGCAUGGCUGACUAAUUGGUCUAACGAUAUAACUUCGGUGCAAAAGAAACGCAAAAAGGCAUUAACGACGCACAAGAAGCCAACUACGACAACGACAUCUACAACUAUUCGAACUGUUCCCUUGGUUUCCGAAGAGGCAUUGAAACAAUUGCAACAGCUUUAUAAAUCUAACACGAAGGAAGGAACAGUAGAUGGUGCUACUGUAGUUACCAAUCAAGAAAUAAUACCAAAAAGGUCCUCCAAAGACCAGAUGAAAAUCACUGAAGAACUAAUGGAUGUAAAUUUAGAAUAGACUAAAAGGCACUAUGACUAUACUAGAAAUAGUUCCAAACCGCACACACUGGAACAAUUUAUACAACUAUUUGAUGAUAUUGAGGCAAUUACAAGUUAUUCUUUGCAGGGUAAACCUUUUCUUAAUUUAUUUUGGGAAAUCGUUAUUAUUAUUCAAACCGCUUCAGGUAUUAAAGUUUUUCUGUACUUCAUAUAUGAGAGCAUUCCGUUACACGAGAAAACUAUUUGUAUGUAGCUAGUAGAUCGUAGUGUAUAUGAAUUUGAUCAGACUUUUCACUUCAAUGCGAUACUGCUUCUAUAGUAUAUUGCUUUAUACGUAAUAGGCAAUUUUGUGUCACUAUAAUUUUGUUAAUAAUAAUGCAAUCCCCUUCAAACUUUCGAAUAUUUGGCCCUAUAAUGUGUUUUACAUUUCUGGUUCAUUUUGUAAUCCUAUCAUGAAGUGGGGACUUUCCGUAAAAUUUGUAAAUAUAGCAUUAUUAACAUAAGGCAGGUGCAUAAUUUUUGUUUCCAAGUUUUUCAAUUAUAUAAUCUCUAAAAAUGAGUUCCGUUCCAAUUUGUUCCUUUUGGCCAAUCACUCUCCUAUCUUACAAUCGACGUAAAAUUUGAGACCAAUUUGAAAAGUGCUAAUCGAAGCCUUUCAUUUGACGGCCCACAUGAAGAAAAAAAUGUACCUCCUUUCCGCUUGCAUGGAAGCUCUAACUUUAACUCCACAAAAACUGGUCCCUCUAGCUGUGUGCGUCUCUAUACGUCCAUUAAAUUCCAUCGCAAUAGCCGUUUUCAAUAAAAGUGGAUGUAACAAACUUAUGAAUAGUAAACCGAUGUAAGUGUUUCUAGCGGAUAAAUU